AUGGAAGAAAAGAAUCAGACGGCAGUGACUGAGUUUCUCUUCCUGGGCCUAACGGAUCAUUUCCUUCAGAAGAUUGUCUUUUUCAUCAUGUUUCUCUUUGUUUAUCUUGCCACCCUGGGGGGUAACCUGGGCAUGAUCACUCUCAUAUGGGUGGAUCCCAGGCUGCACACACCUAUGUACUUUUUUCUUAGCCACUUGUCCUUUGUAGAUGUCUGCUCCUCUUCUUCUAAGAUGUUGCAUGAUAUCUUUGCAGAGAAAAAAAGCAUCUCUUUCGUGGGCUGUGCAGCACAGAUGUGGUUCCUUGGUAUCUUUAUGACAGCUGAGUGUUUCCUCCUCGCUUCUAUGGCAUAUGACCGUUAUACAGCCAUCUGCAAUCCUUUGCUGUAUACACUCAUUAUGUCCCAGAGGGUCUAUGUGCAGCUGGUUAUAGGGCCUUAUGUCCUAGCUGAUAUAAACAUCACAACUCAUACAACUUUGACUUUUUGCUUACCGUUUUGUGGUUCAAAUAUCAUCAACCACUUCUUCUGUGACAUUUUCCCAUUAUUUUCCUUAGCAUGUGCUGAAUCCUGGAUCAAUAAGAUUGUGCUUUUUGUCUUCUCUGGAGCAAUAGGGGUGUCCAGUGGUUUGAUCAUCAUCAUCUCCUAUGUCUGCAUUUUUAUGGCUAUCUUGAAGAUUCAGACCACUGAUGGGAGGAGGAAAGCCUUCUCCACUUGUUCCUCUAAUCUGGUGGCCGUGUCCAUCCUGUAUGGGACACUUUUCUUCACCUACGUUCGACCUAGUGCAAGUUUUUCCUUGAACCUCCUAAUCUACAGCUUGAGGAACAAGGAAGUGAAAGGUGCAUUCAGGAGAAAGAUGCAAAUGAAGUAUUUUAGAAUAGGUGGGUAA